AUGAGCAACGAGGUUGAACUUUUGAAAAACUACCCUAGUGUUUCCCAAUUGGAGCAAAUAUUGGACAAAUAUGAGCACACACUGUUCCCAUUGAUUAGCUGUUUGCUAGAUUAUACUGUUCCUCAGAUCUACGCGUCUUUAUCGGAAGGCACUAAAGCAAAAUUGAGAUGCAAGUUUCAGACGUUGAUUGGGCUUGGUAAUCUCCUUGGUAGAGUAGCAUUACCAAGUGCAGAUAAAGUGUACUUUGAUCUUCUUCAAUCGUGCGUGGAUAACCAACUCUUUGUCAACAUAAUCCACAAUAAAAAACCCCUCGAGUUGAGGGAGGUUGACAAGCUUGUAUUCAAAGGAAAGUUAUUGGCAAUUGUGAAUGAAGCUAGCAUAUUGAAUGGGUGGGAUAUCAGCAAUGAGUUCUUGAGGUCAUCACAAUCGUAUUCGACAUAUCUAUCAAAGGGGAUUUCUGAUUUGUAUCAACGAAACUUACAACCAGACAUUUUUGUGCAGUCAAUCCUCAGCACGGACUCCUCUACACAAUUUUUCAAAGUCUUUUUCAACUUGGACAACUGGAAGCACUUUCAAGAGACUUUCUUUCGAUUGAAGGAGUUUCAAAGAAAGGAAUAUGUCAGAAAGCUACUACUAGGGUACGUGGUGCAGAUUGUAAAUGACAACAACAUCGUCCCCCUUUGCAACAUCUUGAAAUUCAGCAACAAAUACAUUGACGACAACAUCAUUGAAAGUGUCGUGUUAAGAUCAAGCAAACCCCUCAUACAAUUAAUCGCAGUUCUCAAGAAAGAUAAAGAAACAAUGUUGAAUCAGUUGCACAAAUGGGCAGACCCAACGCACAUAAAGAAUGAACCUAUAACGAUACAAGAGGCGAGGACUUUUUUACUACUUCAAUUAGUCAACUCCUCUAGUUUUGACUUGACAAAGAACAAAACGUGCCUAGAGGGUGUCAGUAAUCAUCUUCAAUCAUUCUCGGAAAACGUCAGAUCGCUAGGAAUGAUUCUAGCGGAUAGAAUUUGUGAGUUGAGUGGUGAAAACAAGAUCUUCAAAUCUGUAGAGGUUGGGUAUGCAGAGCUAUUGACUCCUUCCAUUCAGCUUCAAGAGAUGAGCUAUGAAGACGCUUGGAAGGCGUUGAAUGAGAGCAAUCUUGGAUUAGCGGCUCUCGGACCAGUUGAGAGACAAAACACCAGCGUUGAAGAUACCCCCAUGGAAGACGAUUCUGAUAAUGACUCUUCACUACCCCCUCAAGUCAAGGUACCAGAUCCCAUCUACAUAAAGGAUUUGAUAUCAUACAUCACAACGGACACAAAGAACCCGCAGGCUUACGACAUGAGAAGGGUAGCUUUGUUGAAAGGUCCAACACUUUUGCGACAAAAAUCCCGGCACGGCAAUGAGGUGGAAUUUUACUCACAGGACUUGUUAUCAAACCUCAUUGCGUUGGACAACUUUUACAGUGACGCCGACUUUGAUGACUUAAAGUUGGUCAAUAUCGUUAGUGUUAUAGUCACCAACCCAAGUGUUACUUUUUACAUGUUUGAGUUGUUGUUGACUGGAGAUUAUUCACUUCAACAGCGUAUGUUUAUUUUAUCCGCUACAUCUUUGGCGGCACGCGAAUUACGUGGUAUCAAAGAUUCAAUAAUUACAAACUCAUUUACGAAACAAGCAUUCCCAACUAAACAACUCCCUCCGGAACUACAUGACAAGUACGUUGGGGGAGCAAAGUAUAUGGAUGAAAUUGAAAAUGAACUUCAAGACUCACUUAUGCAUGACGCAUCUAAUGAAGCUCAAGAUCAAAUCAUAGGAAAAGGCAAAUUGGUACGCGUAUCACGAUCGCUCACUAGGAAGGAGGUCCAACACAGUGAAAAACCAAUUAUACCCAAUUUUUACAAACUUAUAGGAACAAACUUUUAUUUCCCAUUGCUUAAUGUAUGGUACGAGUCUGGGUCUAUCGAUAUAGGUCACUACUCACCAAUAUUCAUUGCUCAUUACAUCAAAACCUUGAGCUUACUUCUCCAAGUUGCGUACCCUUCAUCAACUCAACUCAAGGACAUGAUUAAAGAGUUUUUGUUGUUGUCGUGUACUAUAAUUCGAAAGGUGGAGGAACUCAAAAUUGUCGAGUCAAUUAUAACUGGGGUAUUACUUAUUUUAGAGCUCAUUGAUGCCGAGUUUUUGGUACUAAACUUUAACAAUGAGAUAAUGUUGAUCUACAAUUGGUUAACUCUGACAUGGGAAGAAAUCAUUGACAACAAAAUAAAGAGUCUUGCUGCUGGUUUGUUGUUGAAAUUGCAAGAGGUGUCAAAGAAGUUCGAACGUACCUUGAUUGACCAAGAUUAUGGUCUUUAUUGA